GCGACAAACAGAAGAUCUCUUCCCUAAUAAACAUGGUUCCUGCGGAUUCACAAACUGACGGUGCAGCCCGGAAGGAACCGAGAGGACCAGUUGGUGAUGUUCCUGCCAGCACUAGCGAUUGGCAACGUUCCGUGAGUUCGGAUCUGCGGAAUCAGAUAGUUUUGCGAGUUGUCCAGGCUAUCUUCCCGAUGCUUAACCCCGCCAUCAUGGGUGAUAAGCGCAUGGCGUGUCUGAUGACGUUUGCCCGGAAGGUCGAAACGGAUGCCUUCGAGUUGGCUCUUUCCUGUCCCGAGUACUACCACUUCAUUGCGGAGAAAAUUGACCGAAUCGAGAAGGAGAUGGCGGACAAGCGCUAUCUGAGGCGGUUAAUUAAGCUUCGAAGUCGACGAGAUUAG